AUGUCUCUCCGCAUCGCACCCCCCAGCGGCCACCGCACCUCCACCUCGAACACCUCAACCCGGCAACAAACCCCCUAUAGCGCCCCGCGACCAUCGAAGGGUGCCCCCUCAGCUCCCGGUCUUCCCGACACCCUCCGUAACAAGAUCACUCUCCCCGCCAGCGCCACCGCCUCCUCGACCAACAGCCCAGCCGCCAGCGAUGUCCCGUCAUCGGGCCACCCGCUCGAGGCCCGACUCCUCGCCUGGCGCGCCACCCAAGAUGCAAUGAAGAUGGAGUCACUGCGCCGGGCAUACGGCAUCGCUGAGCCCGUCCGCCGCGGCAUGGAGCUGAAGAUCGUUCGGGAUGGGACCUUUCGCCCUGCCGUGCUAGGCGGCGUCCACGGCGGUAACAUCCACGAGGAUAUUCUAGUCCUCGGUGGGCGGGAUGCCGAGCUUGGAUGGGAGGAUGUGUUCCAUGGCGACGAGUUCCGGGAACCGCCCUCGUUCCACGACGAGAUGGAGAAGAGACUGAAGAUGGACUAUUAA